AUGGAAAGUAAUUCUCAAUUCUCGAACAUGAAUAAUAAUACUUCAACGACUGACGAAAAUAAACAAAAGAAAUUAUUGGACAAUCCUGUUGAACCAUUAGGUUUAACUCGUCCAACAAUGUUGCCUACGGGAACAAAUACAGAUGUCACUGUACGGUAUUCUGCCAUUGAUAAUAUUAGUAUGAGUCCAUCACCAUUAGAUACACGACCACGUCUAUUUCAAGCAGGCUCAUUGAUUGAUUCAAAAACUUAUGCACAAAUGUUAUCCGAAGUUUAUGCACCACCAAAUAUCAAGUGCAAAGAAGAGGAAGAAGAAUACAAUAGUGAAAAUUUGAAUAAUGUUACCGAUGAACAAUUAUUCGAUGAAGAAGUUCUCGAUCAGCAACGUGAACAGGAAAUUCAACGACUUACUCAAGUGAUUCGAACUGAUCAACCUAAAGAUGGCAAUGUAGCUGCUAAUAUUAUUAUGCAACAAUUAAAUGAUAUAUUAGAAACAACACGACCAACCAUAAACUGUGAUAAUAACGACCCCAUGGUGCCAAACCAAUUAGAAACAUCUUCCAUCAUUUCAACCGUGUCACAACAUCCUUAUCCACCUGUUAAUCAAACUGGUCUUGUUCAUGAUCAUGACCUUCCGUAUGCAGAUUAUGGCCACCUUAGUCGACAAACAAUAGCCGAAGAAUGUCAUUUUAACUUACAAGUACCAACAGGAACAGGAACAGCAACCAAUAAACCAACUGUUCGAUUGGAAGCAAAAUCAUUUGCUAUUACAACAUUUACAAAUGUAUCGAAAGAACUAGUUAUGAAUAAAAUUAAAGAAGAAUUUGGUAUUGAAAAUAUUCAAUAUAUUUGUAUUGGUGAAGAAAUAAGUGAAUUAAAUCAUCAGCGACAUUUACAUAUACAAAUUAUUUUCAAAGAAAAAAUUGAUCGAAGAAAACCAUUUCUUGAUGAUAUAACUGAAACACAUUGUAAUUAUCAAGUCACACAAAAUGAUUGUGCUUGGAAUGAAUACAUUAAGAAAGGUGGCAAUUGCAUUGAAUUUAAUGAAUUUAAAUCAACAAAAACACGUGGGGGACAAAAGUAUUGGCCACCCCAAACACCAUCAUCCUCUUCUUCACAUAUGGCUUCGAGUACAUCUGUACAUCCAACUACAAUUACUAUUAAUCAUCCAACUACUACUACUACUAUUACGACGACAACAACGACGACGACGGUAAGAGCACAAGCCGAAGAAAGACGCAAAACUAAAGAACUUAUUGCAAGACAAGCAAUUGAAUUAGCAAAAUCAAGCGUCCAUGAUGCAUUAAUAUUCAUGCGAGACAAUUCUAUUGCAACAGAAUUCGUUCGAUAUGCGACAUGGUAUAAAAAUUCAUUUACUCUAAUUUAUUCAUUAGAACUGUACGAAAAAGCGAAAAUGAAGAAAAAUCUCAAACCAAUAUAUGCGUGGCCAGAAUCAUUUCCUGAUUGUACAUCAGAAUUGCGUACGUAUAACCUUUAUCAAAAAAAGAAGCACAGAAAAAAAAUGACGUAUAACUACUCACAUUUUUCAUAUCUCCAAACUUUAGGUGAAGUCGUCAAUCGAUGGAUCCGAGAAGAACUUCAUCAUACUUCACGAGCUAAAUGCUUAAUCCUAAUUGGACCAACGGGCACCGGAAAAACAACAUUCGCUAAAUCCUUACCUGGUCAAUAUAAUUUUUUCAGUGGACGAUGGCUACUAGAUACUUGGAAUGAUUCGGCUUCCUAUUUAAUUUUUGAUGAUAUUGAUUGGGAUCGAUUUGAAGAAUUAGGAUUUCCUCUGAAAACACACUUAUUAACACAAAACGGUGUUACCAAUACUACCGACAAAUAUGAAAAAACAAUAGAAAUUGACGUCAAACAACCAGCAAUUGUUCUUCUCAAACCAGGUGCACCCGAAGGAGCAUUAGGACGUCAACCAAUCACAUACGAAGAUGAAUGUGCAGCAACAUUUUGGCAACAAAGAGCCAUUAUUUAUCGAAUGGGUCCCAAUGAAUUCUUUUAUAAACCAAUGGAUGUUCAAGAUGAUGUGAACAAUUAA